AUGGCGCAGAACCUGUACGGUCCACGAGUCCGAAUUGGCAACUGGAAUGAGGACGUCUACCUGGAGGAGGAGAUCAUGAAAGACUUCUUAGCAAAGAGGGAUAAAGGACAACUUCUCAUACAGAGAAACAGAAGACUAAAAGAGAAUCUUUUGAGACCGAUGCAGCUUUCCGUAUCUGAAGACGGAUACAUUCACUAUGGCGACAAAGUGAUGCUUGUGAGUCCCAACCAUCCUGAGACAGAGGCUGAUCUGUUUCUGCGCGGGGACCUCAGCCUGUGUAUGACUCCAGAUGAGAUUAAAGCCCAUCUGAGCAAUGAAUUAGAGGUGCCCUGUGGCCUGAGUGCAGCUCAAACCAAGAUCCCAGUUGGCAGAAACACUUUUACUAUUUUGUGUGCGGCUGGAGAGGUCAUCGGUCAAGUCCUCAGAUACGGGCAGAACUUCCGCCUUGGGAUAACAGGAGGAUUUGACGACAGAAUGUUAUAUUUAUCAAGUGACCACAGGACCCUUCUGAAGUCAUCCAAGAGGUCCUGGCUCCAGGAAGUGUCCCUGACGCACGAGGAUUCCUACCUGAACUGCUGGCAGGCCGCUUUCCCUCAUCCCCAGCUUCGUCUGGAGUACGAGGGCUCCCCUGUCCCGGCAAACACAAAGAUUCUUAUCACUCACUGCCACACGAAUCGCGGGCUGGUGGCCCACCGGCAUCUUUUCCUAAGAACCUAUUUUGGAAAGGAAGCAGAGGUCGCUGCUCACACCUAUCUGGAUUCGCACAGAGUUGAAAAGCCAAAGAACCACUGGAUGUUGGUGACUGGGGUUCCCAGGAAGGACUUGUCCACCAUGUUGGACCUGCCCAAGCCUCCGGCAGAGGACACCCGAGCGCUGGAGCAAGUGAGAGAGCAGGCUUCGGACCCAGGGGCGGGAAACACACCCGAUGCGCCCGGCUGCGUGCCUCAGUGCGCACUUCCAAUGUAG